UGGUACGGCGUUCACGUAUAAAUCGCGGCGCGGCGGGUGAAGCGCAGUGGCAGCUUCGCUUGCGAAGGAGACCUGCAGCCUGCUGCGCCCCUUUUCCAGAAUGUGAAACACGGGAAACAGUCCAGACCACUCACUUUGCCUUCCUGAGUUCAAUCUCUGCCUAUUGAGUUUGAUCCAUGUGCAGCAUAAUACAAGUUGUUUACCUCUGACUAAAACAUGGCUGACACAGCUUUGCUACUGAGACAUGAAAGAAGACACAGGACUCUGAUAUCCUGCUCUGGAUCACCUUGAGGAGAAUGCGGUUGGCCUCACACAGUCUGUUGAUCCUGAGGUGCAAGGGGGCCUGGCUCAGCAUGCUGUUCCAGAGCCGCAAAGUCCAGCUAUUGUUGGUCAACUCCCUGACAUUUGGUUUGGAAGUCUGUCUAGCUGCAGGCAUCACCUAUGUGCCACCACUCUUGUUGGAAGUGGGCGUGGAAGAGAAAUUCAUGACCAUGGUUCUGGGAAUUGGGCCCGUUCUAGGCCUGAUGUUUGUGCCACUCAUUGGCUCUGCCAGUGACCAAUGGCAGAGCAGCUAUGGCCGCCGCCGCCCUUUCAUCUGGGUCCUGUGCCUGGGAGUUCUGCUGAGCCUGCUGAUCAUCCCUCACGCGCAUCGCCUGGCCAGCCUCAUCACCUUGGAUACUCGCUCCCUGGAGGUGGCCUUCCUCAUCACAGGUGUUGGUCUGCUGGACUUCUGUGGACAGGUCUGCUUCACCCCGCUGGAGGCCCUGCUCUCCGACCUCUUCCAGGAGCCUGACACCUGUCGGCAGGCCUUCUCCAUGUAUUCUCUCAUGGUGAGCCUGGGAGGCUGCAUUGGGUACCUUCUACCAGCGAUCGACUGGGACCAUAGCUUCUUGUCUCCUUAUCUCGGUGGACAGGAGGAAUGUCUCUUCAGCCUCCUGACCAUCAUCUUUCUCGGCUCUGUCUUGGCCACCGUCUUUGUGACAGAGGAGGUGGCAUCUCAGGUGGAAGUUCUGGCCAGCCCUGCAAUGAAGGAUCCCUCCAAGCCCCCACCCCUUGCCUGCUGCUCCUUCCGACUUCCCAAAAACUUUCUGAGGGCCAGGCAUCUGGUCCAAGCAUUUAGGAACCUUUGUGCUCUGGCCCCACGCCUGCAUGGAGUGUGUUGCCGCAUCCCCAAAGUAAUCCGGCAGCUUUUUGUUGCUGAGUUGUGCAGCUGGAUGGCCCUCAUGACAUUCAUGCUGUUCUACACGGACUUCAUUGGGGAAGGAUUGUACCAGGGAGUCCCCAGAGCUGAGCCAGGCACAGAAGCCAGACGACAUUACGAUGAAGGUAUUCGGAUGGGUAGCCUGGGCCUCUUUCUCCAGUGCAUUAUCGCUAUCUUCUUCUCGACAAUCAUGGACCGGAUGGUGAAGCAAUUUGGAACACGAAUUGUCUACCUAGCCAGUGUAGCCUUAUUCCCAUUGACUGCCUUCAUCAUGUGCUUCUCUCAGAGCAUCGUCAUAGUCACUGUUUCUGCUGCUCUGACGGGCUUUCCCUUCUCAGUGUUGCAGAUCCUGCCGUACACGCUGGCAUCUCUUUAUCAUCAUGAAAAACAGAUAUAUCUGCCUAUGUAUAAAAGCAAAGAAGAUGAUGCAGCUCAACUAGAUAAGAAGCAUGGCUUCCUCAAAGGCCACCUUUCUGGCCAGAAACUGACCUACCAGAAUGGACACAGUGGAGGCCUCUUCUCACCUCCCGUGGCUGGCUCUCCACUCUGCGUCAGCUCUCCCUGUGAAGUCUCUCUCAGGAUAAUGGUGGGAGACUCAGACACCACAGCUGCAAGCCGGGGCAUCUGUUCAGACUUGGCCAUCUUGGACAGUGCAUUCCUCCUUUCACAGGUCAUCCCGUCCCUCCUCAUGGGUUCAAUUGUUCAGUUCACACAGUCAGUCACUGCUUAUAUGGCAUCUGCAACCGGCUUUGGGUUGGUGGCCAUUUACUUUGCAACCAAAGUUACCUUUGAUAAAAGCGAUAUGGCCAAGUAUUCAGUGUAGAAGGAGAGGCAAACGUUCAUGCACAUUGAUCAUAAGGAAGAGUCAAUAGUGCACAUGCUGCCUCUUUCUUCUUGCAUUUUAAUGAGUGCAAAAAUGCUUUGGCUGAAGGGGAAAAAUGAUGGGCUGAUCUCAGGGUAUGUAACAAAAGGGAGUCUGGUAUAAUGUUGUCUGUUUCUCCUCGAUGCCUUCAUCAAAGUGCCUCUGCACAGAAGCCUGUGGGAGAGGCUUGCAGGUUUGAAAAAUAAAGGGCCAUUCUUUCUGUCACCAGGUAUUUACUUGGAUAGGUUUGUCAGAUUGCUUGGAAGGGUAAUGACACAGUGCAGAAAGGACCAAAGAUGGAUGAUUCAAAGCUGUAAUUAACAUCACUCGCUAUUGUGUGCAUUUUUAAAAUGUUGCUCUUUGUCAAUCUUCAUGUCAUUAUGCCCAUGUGAUGUAACUUUUUCCUGUCUUGAUGUGAAUGAGAAAAUACAUGGGAAGGAGAUUGUGAGUUGGCACAUCUGUGCUUUUUAUGCAGGGCUUUAGGAACAACCUACUUGCUUUCUCCAUUCCAGAUGUGUUAUAGGUCAAGAACAAGGUGGUAUAAAUGAGUUGAGCAGUACUGCAUAGGAGGGGGACUUGUUUAGCAGAGGAUGCUGUGGUUGACUUGGCAGCAACUUUGCAGUGGCAUGACGGAAAUGAAAAUUCUGGUCAUCAUCUGAUACUUUCCCCACAUGUAUGCCUUAAACAGAGUUUGCAGUUAGUGCAAACAAGGAGGCUUGCAUAAACAUUGGCUGAAGAACAUGCCCCUCUGGGGACUUGGCUUUAAGUGACGGACUGGCACAAACAAAUGACAGUGCCUUCCACUGUGUGCAAGCCUAAAAAGGAGGCUCAGUGUGGCAGCAGAGUGAAAGCACUUGCAUUUCUGCUGCCUUUCCCACUUUGAGAUGGUGAUGUGGCCAGCUUGCCUUUGCUCAAGGACUGUACAGAAAAACCAAGGAUGUUUCUGUAUACCACAAGGAUAGCUCCAAGCUGCAUCAUCUUCCAGCCUUUCUGCCACCCAGGUAGAGCAGAGGUGCUUCCUGUGCUGGGUAAGCUUCUCAAGGCAAGCUGCUCUUUCUCAACACUUUCCCUCCUACUCUGUGCAGUUUUUAAUGAGCAUUGUAGCUUGCAGCUAUUCAGCCAGCAACAUGCAGUGCAUCUCUUUUCAGACUCGGAGCAUAACAGCUGCAUAUCCUAUACAGAGAGAGAGGUAUGUGUAGAAUAUGACACUGGAAGGCCAGGACCAGGGUAUAACGCUUUCCAUAGGUUAGAACGGGAAGGCUGUUCUCUGACUGUAGUGGAACUGGCUCUGAGCUCUGCAGGCCUGAUAUGUGAACACCAUGGAAAUGUCAGCCAGGAAGAAGCUUGGGCAGCCUCAGGACUACUAGGCUAGGAAAGGGAGGCGUUAAUUCUUUGGCCUGGCUUGCAGGACACCUGGGUUCUGUGGUGUGCCCUCCGCCUUGGCUUACAUGGGCAGUUCACAACAAUAAUGGGGAAAUCAACCAUUUGCGGCUUGCCCUUAGGUAUGAACUAGUCCUACCUUUUCCUGCCAAGCACCAGGGCAAGUCGCCUUUCUGAAGCUGCAAACCCAAACCACAGCUUCGGGGAAGCACUUUUGUUGGAAGCAUGAUAGGGAGAGAAAGGAUCACCCCUCCCUUCCCCACCCUCGUGGUUCUGGGCCGCUUGAUCUUCCCCUGGCUGAUAUUUACACAAUAAUAAAUGAUGGCCCUGGACUUGGUCAAAAUGUCAGUGCCAGCUUCUUUGACUCUGUUGCAUUUUGAGCCAUGAGGGAAUUACAUAAGUACCCUCUCAUUAUACCUGUAGGGGUAUGGAAACCAUGUAGUCCAGGCCCUUCCAUUUGCCAAGAGUCCCUUCAGGGCAUCUUUGUGCUCUCCAGGCUAUAGUACAACACAAGCAGCAACUAGGAGAAAGCUAGGCAAGCCACAUCAGAGGUACUGGAGGUAAAAUAACUUUAUUCCAAAGGUCACCUCUGACUGAGAGGAGCCCCAGAACCCACUGUCAGGUUGUACUAGGACAGGUUGUGUUUUGUCUUUUCCAAAACAAACAUAGGAUGAUUAUUUAAAGCUGGUGAAAGAAAAAAAAUCAAGCUUUCCGUCCUAAGUUCACACUAGCUUGAUAUAAAGUGACGGUGGCUGUCUGUGAUGUUUCAGAGGGAGGAAAGAUCCAUUAUCAGAUAAGAGAAUAAACUACAAACAGAUUAAAAUGUCUUGCAGAUGGUAUGAGAGCCUGUGACAGGAAGGAGCGGAUCUGUGGGCCAGCAAUAGGAGCAAAAUGCUGUAACAGGAAUUUCCCAGGGGUGCAAAGUGCUCCCAACUAUCUCAGAAUAGGGAUGGGGCAGUAAAAGAGACAACACUGUGAUUGCUGUUGUUAUCCUCACAUUUUUAAUAAUGCAGUGUCCUAAGGGCAACACCACCUGACUUGCAGCUUUGCACAAGGCCAACAUUUAAUAUGAGAUGUCGAACAAAGCCUUCUGCAGGCUGCUUUGCACAUUUGGUCCAGUUGGGAUGUAAAGGCAUUGCUGCUGGCAUAACUUGGGUAUUGUUUAACUGAGGAACAAUCUCAAGCAGCCCGUCCAGAAACAAUCCCUGAAGGCAGCAGUCAAUGCAGACGGGAAGGGGAAGGGGAAGCCGCUGCAAUGUGUAGGUUGAUGAAUGCACACUUUGCUGCCAGACACUGCUGUGACAUCCAGGCAGGGUAAUUAUGUGGCAGCCUGUAAGCACUGUUAGAAGUGGGAUUAAAAUGGAGCUUCCACAUAAUUGUUGCACUUCCAGGGGCAAAACUCUCCUGUAACGUUUAUUCACACAUUAACAAGGGUCCUUUUCAGUGUUAAUUAGAAGUAUCCUAUUUUGGGUGAUGGGGGGCAUGGUCUUGUCAUUUUUAUUUUCCUGUUGUGCAUUGAAAGGGGAUUAUUGGUAAAUUGUCUGUUAACUGCUGCCUGAAUAGCUUCCCAAUUGCCCAGUGUGGGGCGGGGGGCAGGGGAGGUUGUUAGCUUUUGUUUUAAACUAUAGGUUGUGGGGAGACUUAAAUUUACUGCUUCUCCCAUUUUUCUUCCUUCCUUAAAUGAAAAUACAACACUGCUGGGCUAAUUAGGAGAAGGUCUUCAAGAGAACAUUCAAAAACUAUUAAUCAUUAAUUGCUCCAGCAAUAAAACAGCAGCUCCUGUUACUGGCCAACUUUUACUUAAAGGGACAGGAGAGCUGAAAAUCUUCCAUAGGCUGGCCGUGCUAGAAAGGCUUGUGCUGUGAUUGCAUUUUGUUGGCAAACAUUUCCACAGAUGAGGUCUGAAAACAUGAGUGAUCAACACAGAGACAUAUUAGGGUGCUCCAAUUCGACAGUAUUGCCUAGGUUCAUUCUCUCUCUCUCUCUCUCUCACACACACACACACACACCCACACCCACACCCACACCCACCCCUACCCCUGAGUGGAAGCAAACUGGACUCUGUUAUAAAUGUGCAUUCAUUGUUCAUGCAGCUCUUCUAGAUAUAUUUUGCCUGUGUUAAAUAGUCUGGGGAAUCAUGUGUCUGUGCCCAAAGGCAUGUUUCUGACCCUUUAGGGUUGCAAAGCAAAGCUUGAAGGUGCAUGGGUAGUACCUGGUACAACCUCAGAAAUGUCAGCUGUGAGCACCAGUUGUGCAGAAACAGAAGCACAGUAUUGCAGAACAGUGCAGGUGUGGCGGCUCACUCCCAUAGAUAGUGCUAGCUGAGUCCCCAGCUGAAGGUGAGGUGUUGCUAUUUCUAAAGGUUUCACAUAUUAAGCUCCUCUGGAAAGGUGGCGGUCCUUCAGUUGUCCCUGUGUCCACAAAUGUUGGCCCUUCAUUCAAGUUUGCGGAAUUGCUCAUCAACCUGGCCUCCAGGUGUGUUGGGCUAUAAUUUCUGUCAUCCCCACCCAGCAUGUAUGUGCCAAGACCAACUGAUGGAGAUGGAGAUGUCAGGGCUGCUGGCUGUCUCCUCUAGACAGGAAAGGUGAAUUUCCAUCUCUGGAAUGUGUUCUUUCUCCCAGCCUCCCCACAUCUAUGCAUUAUUUGGACUGACUCAAGUGUGAUUUGGCUCUGGCUGUUUUUAGCAUUGCAAAUGGCAGGUUCUUCUUCACUGAUUCUUCUGUGCAGCUUUUGGAAACCCCCAAACCAUCACUUGGAAGCACCAGAGAGAUGUUGAUAGUAGCAUGUCUUAUAGUGAUGCAAAAGUUUUCCUACUAACUGCAAAUGCCUACAGAGGGGAGUGGGAGGCUGUGCUUGAUAUAAUAUGACUAGAGUUAACACAAAGCCUUCACUAAUUCUUGUGCAGGCUUUAUUUUAAAGGGAAAGCUUGUUUCAGGCCAGUGUGCCUCAAAACGUUGGUACCUUGGGGUUGGCCACCUCCUUUACCCCCCCAGAGCCCAAGAUAACAGUUUGAGUGAGUGUGUGAUGAUCUAAAUACCUUCAGCAAGUAUGAGUCUCUGGAGUCCUUGGAACCUGUUUUAAUUGGCAAAAAAUAAUUGUCAUAUUAAUUGUUUAAUUGUCAAAUUGUCUUUCUUGCGUAGCAUAAGGACCCUCCUGAUGACACUAAACCAGGCUUUCCAAACCUCCCGAUAUAUUGGGCUAUCACCCCCAUCAUCCCCAGCCUGAAUGAGCAAUGAUCUUGAUGGUUGAGGAUGAAAUGAGCUGUCCUCCAAUACCGCAGUAGGGAAGCCUGGUCUAGGCACUGGCUGAGAGAUGAUGGUAACUGACAAAAUCCUUUCUCCAAACGCUUCCCGCAUCCACCCAUGUGUUCAGCCAUCUGAAAAUGGACCAACACACUUCAGCUGUUUCUGUACAUUCAGUCAAUGAUGGCAUCCAUUUCACAAGUUUGUUUCUCACAUAACAGGGCACAGUUUGGUGGUAUAUUUUCUCCUCCACUACUGCUGCACUUCAUACACCCUCCUUGUUCCAUACAACUGUAUCUAAAGGGAAUGUUUGGGCCAGUGGUUGGAUGGCACCUUUACUUCUCAAUAAGAGGUUCCUUUGAAUCAUUUUCUCUAGGGGGAGCAACUCUCCCAGGCCACAUCCUGCUAAACACUGUCUGCAUUUUGUUUAUUUAUUUACGGAAGUAAAUAUUUUCUACAGUUUAUGUGCAGGGGAUAUUAGGAUAUUAAAGUUUAUUAAA